AUGGCUGACAUUGUUUCUCCUAUGGUUUCGGCAUCUUUUGUCCGACAAGGAAACGAAACCGCAAGAAUCGAAUUUCACACACACACAAAAAAACAAACGCAUGGACUCUACUCGAACAUGACGAGAAUUUUCGGAGAAGAGAAAAAGGUUGAAAUCAUCGAUAUGGAUGAUGGACACAUUAAAAGACCGCGGACGCUCCUCACACAAUAA